AUGGCCGCCCAAUACGUGCUGGCUGGCCUAGCAGCUGCGGGACUGGCUUUCUGGUAUGACUUCAAGAGCUGGCAAAGCUUUGGAACUGGUGGCACGCCUCCAACACUACAAGGCUACAUCAAGAUCCGUCGAUGGGGACUCUAUCUGCUCUACACGCGCCAGAACCUGCUCGAUGCAUCUCCAAUUCCUAAUACGGGCGCGUCUUACAUCAAUCCCCAGAAGGUGCCGGACCGCGUUGGCAGUAGACCAGGACUUACACGCUGGACGCUACCACAACGCCAGUUCCCAGAGAAGAUCACACCUGGCGCUUCCACCACUCUUCACGAUCUCAUGCGCGAGUUUGCGGAUACAAAGGCGUACUCGGAGUACAUUGAGACGCGACCGAGCAAGACCGAAGGCGGCACUGGACCUGCCAUCUACGUCAAACCAGACGUCAAGACCAUCAACCCUGUCGCGCACAAGAUCUUCUACGAGGUCGCGCACGUGCACCCAGCCGAGAACUCACUCCACGUAUACGUGAGCCCGCAAGACGCGAGGCUGGUGAUGAAGAGGGGCUGGGGACAGCGCUUUCCAGUGACCUGGUUGGCACCGCCGAGCUGGAUCAUGGUAUAUGCGCCGAGGAACGAAGAGGAAGUGGAGACUGUGAGGGAGAUCGUCAGGACUGCAGUUUGCCAUGCUGUCGGGAUGAAUGUCGAUGCUAGAGUUUGA